CAGGAAGUCCUUAAUCCAGGUGCAGGUGUUGAGUGGUAGCCCCAGGUUUGUCAGUUUAAACACCAGCCUGUCCGGAAGUAUGGUGUUGAACGCCGAGCUGAAGUCCACAAAGAGCAUUCUGAUGUAGCUACGCCUCUCCUCCAGGUGGGACAGGGUGGAGUGGAGAGCCGUCGCAAUGGCGUCUCCUGUGGACCUGUUGGCUCGGUAGGCAAACUGGUGUGGGUCUAGUCUGGGCGGCAUGGAUGAGAUGAUGUGACUAUGGACUAGCUUCUCAAAGCACUUGUAUGAUCACAUUAAAAUGUUAUGCACCUUAAUAUAAGCAACCCAUUGACUUGAAUACCUGCACUUUGUUUGCUCUCAGUAGUUGCAGUUUCUUCGAGCUGGGGCAGCCUAUAUUGACGUUCCUGAGUGUGUGGUAGACAGUCUACAACAGCUGUCUGAAGUUAUCAGCGCUUAUCUCUCACAGAGUAUUGUCCCUCCACUAUUGGAUGAUGUAGCUGUGGUUGAAUGGAGUGGGAGUGUGGGGCGACCCCGGCUAAACAUAGAAAGUCAGACCCUCCUGAAUCUACUCAGCACUGGGUUGCCACUGACUUCUUUGAGUGACCUCCAUGGGAUUUCAAGGUCAACUCUGUAUAGACGGAUGCAAGAGCAUAACCUCUCUGUCAGAAAAUGCUAUUCUGACAUAUCAGAUGAUGUGCUAGAUCUGAAAGUUAGGUCUAUAAAGGCAAGAAUGCCCCAUGCUGGCUACAGGCUAGUGAAAGGAUCGCUACAAGCAAUGGGGCAUCGGAUUUCAUGGAGAAGAGUAAAAGAUGUAAUUGCAGCGUGUGGAUGGUGCAGGAAUAAUUGCCAGGAUGGUCCAGCUGUCAUGCAUUGCAAGACGGACGUACUCUGUUCCCGCUCCCUUGUCUCUUGUCCACAUCGACACAAACCACAAGUUGAUAAGGUGUUAUUUCUCCUACUGAACUAUUUCUAAUCAUUGGUGAUUUUAUGUCACCCAAUCGUAAUAUCAGUGCUGUAUAAAAAUUACCUCUUUGUUAGGUACAACAUAGUCAUUUUUGGAGCAAUGGAUGGCUUUUCAAGGACGAUCUUUUACCUGGACACUGCUGGGAAUAACAAAGCAGAGACGGCUUUUGGAUUCUUCAUGGAUGGAGUUCGGAAAAAUGGAUGGCCAUCAAGAGUGGAACGCCCAUGGAGAGAUGUGUGGAGUGUAACGUGUCAGUACUACGACGUGCUCCACAGUUUGGAGGAAGAGGGCUUUAUUGACCUGUCCAUUGCUGUCCACCUCUUCUGUGUGGGGUAUGUCUUCAUACCACGACUACGAUUAGAUUUGCAGCAUUUUACGGAGAGCUGGAAUCGUCACCCCUUGCGCACAGAGGGAAAUCUGACACUGAAUCAGCUAUGGAUGAUCGGGAUGCUGCAAGCACCUGUGUCAGAGCCAGACCUGGUAGAGAUCCAGCAAGCUGAGGAGCAACCCUCUCAGGAACAGCAAAGUGACAACACUGAGCAUGGAGUUAUUGUACCAGACAUCCAAUGCCCCCUGUCAGCUGAAAGACUUGCUGCACUACAGCACCAAGUGAACCCCACCACCGAGUCCUCAUCCUUUGGUCGGGACAUCUACUUGCAUGCUCUUAGAACAGCUUUUGGACUCUAACAUUCUGAUAUGCAUGAAUGCAUAUUUCCAACCCGCCAUAAUUACCUCAGAUUCUAACAAAGUUUUUCACUUUCUCAACCAGCAUUUAUGUGAAUUAUACACAAAUAAAGCCCAAUUCGAGCA